GAGGCGAAGCCACCCACCCGGGCGGGGAUAUGGAUUUGGGUAGGUGUUAGCCAGGAAAGACGGUUUGCUGACACGAUGUGGAGACGCUAGGAUCUCUCCGCAUUGCCAAAAGGUGCAGAGCGCAAAGUUGGAGCCAGGGCCCGGGAGAUGGGGGAGGAGGAGAGGAGCAGGAAAGUUUUUGGUGGCUGUUGGUCGAUGCAGAAAGCAAUUAGCCCGCCGCCGCCUCGGGCCAGGAAGGGCCCCGAGUGCCCACCUUCCACGGAGACGUGGACGGUAAGGAAUGCCCGCGAAGCCAACCGGGGCAGGGCACGGGGUCCCACGCCCAGAAGACCGGGGAGGAAGGCCGAACUAGCCUCCGGAUUCACCAAUCAGUAUAACUUGACGACUGUUCCCAUGAAGCCAACCACCCAGGGAAUGCUUUCAAAUGUUUCUACCAUCGUAUCCAGCCAGAGCGCCACAAUGCCAAGUACCCUGGGAAAUACCAGCCCCUACUCUGUCUCUCAGAACAGCAGUAAGACCCCAACAGCCACUCCAGAUACCAACUUCACAUCUACCUCUGGGACUGCUCCAGUCCCUGUGACCACAAACUCUUCUGCCCAGUCUUGGACCUCUGUGACCCUCCCAGUGGUCACUACCCCGGCCAAUAGUUCCACUUCAGUGAUAACCUCGAAGCCCAAUUUUCCACCUGUCAAUGUAUCUACUCACUCACCCAGUAACACCAGUCCUGUGAUGACAUCAUCCCCUGGGCUUCACACACCAUCUUCUCCUACCACCACCUCGGUCAAGGGAGAAAUCAAAUGCUCUGGCAUCCGAGAAGUGCGGUUGACACAGGCUAUCUGCUUGGAGCUAAAUGAGACCUCCAGCUGUGAGGAGUUUAAGAAGGACAAAGGCGAGGACCUCAUCCGGUUACUGUGUGGGAAGGAGGCGAGGGCAGAGCCUGGCGCGUGCUCCUUGCUCCUUGCCCAGUCGGAGGUUAAACCGCAGUGCCUCCUGCUGGUCUUGGCCAACAGAACAGAACUUCCUGGCAAACUCCAGCUUAUGGAAAAGCACCAGUCUGACUUGAAAAAGCUGGGGAUCCAAGGUUUCACGGAGGAAGACGUUGGGAGCCACCAGAACUAUUCCCGAAAGACCCUGAUCGCGCUGGUGACCUCGGGAGUCCUGCUGGCUGUUCUGGGCGCCACCGGUUAUUUCCUGAUGAACCGUCGCAGUUGGAGCCCUGCAGGGGAAAGGCUGGGCGAAGACCCUUAUUACACGGAGAACGGUGGAGGCCAGGGCUAUAGCUCAGGACCGGGCACCUCCCCGGAGGCUCAGGGAAAGGCCAGUGUGAACCGAGGGGCUCAGGAGAACGGCACCGGCCAGGCCACCUCCAGAAACGGCCAUUCGUCAAGACAGCAUGUGGUGGCUGAUACAGAGCUGUGACGUGGCUGGAUGUAUGUGUGUGUGUGUGUGCAAGUGCGUGUGCGUGAAACGAGGCCUCUCUUGGCCUCUUGACUCCAUGCUGCCUCUGCUGAAGGUGACAUUCCCUCGCAUCCUCCCUUUUCCCUCCGAGGCUCUUCCUGGUCCUCCACCGGGACCAGGCGGGUAGACUCCUGCCCUUGACGUAUUCAGCGUCCUGAGUGCAGGCUCUGUCUGGUCUUCUUGUGGGGGGAAAGGCAUGGGGAAGAACGGCCAAGGGAGGCCGAUGGCCUUGCAGUAUUUGCACCCGAGACCCCCUUCUUUGUGCCUCACUACAGGAAUACUAGGGGAAAGGGUGGGCUUUGUAAAAACUGUAUUUUCUUCUGAGAAGGCUUUGUUGAUUUUACUGUUUCUUCUUUACAUUUUCUUUCUCUACUUUAGGGAAACCAAGUAACUCCAUGGUUUAAACUCCCUUUUAAUAAUAUAGCCAGAAGAACAUGUUGCCUUAAACCAUAGCCUUUAUCUCUCCUCCAAAACACCGUGGGGUUUGUCCCCAACCCCUCCACCCCCACCGGAUUCCCCACUCCUGCCUGGUUCUCCGGUUCUCCCAUGUUCCAUGGGCCCCCCCGCAUCUGUGUACUAAAGCCAGCACUGGUGUCUGGCUAGAACUGAAAUAGUCCUGAUCUCUUGGAGGCCACCUAGGGCCUCUCCUCUGGUCCAUGUGAAUGGGACCACAGGACCAGACGUGUUGAUGCUGAGCCUCUUGAAAUUGUGCCCUUCUGAGGAACCUUCAUGGCUUCUUCUCCCACCUCUGACUCCUGGGUUGAACUAUGGCCUCAGUCCCCAGCAGGCUCCUUCCGGUCUCUGCCUCCCCACUCCCAACCCCUUUACCUGCUCUGUGGUCAGAGCCCCAGGCCCUUUCCCAAAGACCACUAACUUCUUUGUGGUUCCUCUUUUUAUCUUUCUCCAAUGGGAUAAGCAAUGACGGUUGGAAAUAGAACUUUCCAGAAAUGAGUGGAUCGGGUGGAUUUUUUUUCUUGUUGUUCAGAAUUUAAAAAAAAAAAAGAAAAGAUGUCUCUGAGUACUGUAAUUAAAGUGAUACUGAAACAUCUGUUCCAUGCA